UUCCCAGCAUGGGUCUCCUCUUCCUUCGGCUGCUGGUGCUCCUGCCUCUAGGGAAGGCUGCGCCACACCGGGAUGGCCGCCAGAGUCAGACUUCUGUUUCCCCCGCCCUCCUAGAAAGGAGUCGCAGAGAGCUCCCCGUGGGCAACCACGAGGAAGCUGAGGAGAAGCCGGAUCUUUUCGUUGCAGUGCCACACCUGAUAGGUGCCGGGGAAGGCCAGAGGCAGAGGGAGAAGAUGCUGUCCAGGUUUGGCAGGUUCUGGAAGAAGCCCGAGCGAGAAGCGCCCCCAUCCCAGGACUCGGUCAGUGGGCCCUUCCUGUCUGGGACCCGGGCCCUCGCCCAGCCCAGAGACGGGAUGCAAAUGGAGAAAUCUCCUCUUCGGGAAGAAGCCAAGAGAUUCUGGCACCACUUCAUGUUCAGAACGGGCCCAGCUUCUCAGGGGAUCAUCCUGCCCAUCAAAAGCCAUGAAGUACAUCAGGAGACGUGUAGGACAGUGCCCUUCAGCCAGACGAUCACCCAUGAAGACUGUGAGAAAGUAGUCGUGCAGAACAACCUCUGCUUUGGGAAAUGUGGGUCUGUUCGUUUUCCUGGAGCUGCGCAGCACCCCCACACGUUCUGUUCCCACUGCUCGCCUGCCAAGUUCACCACGAUGCACUUGCAGCUGAACUGCACUGGCCUUUCCCCCGUGGUCAAGGUGGUGAUGCUGGUGGAGGAGUGCCAGUGCAAGACGAAGACCGAGCAUGAGCAUGAACCCCUCCUCCAGGCAGGCUCCCAGGCGGAGUUCCAUGCGCAGGAUCCCUUCAUCCCAGGAUUUUCCACUUAA